AUGAUGAACGACCUGACUCCCGAGCUGGGCAGGAGGAUACGAGCGGCUUGGGUAGCGUACAAGAGCAUCGAGGAUGUAGUGAAGAAGACCAGGAACACCCGGCUCCGUGCUCACCUCUUCAACACCACCGUACUUCCUGCUUUGACCUAUGCUUCGGAAACCUGGGCAUUUCGCAAGCAGGAAGAAAACGCGGUGAGCGUCAUUGAACGCGCAAUUGAGAGAGUGAUGCUAGGAGUAUCCCGUUUCACGCAAGUGAGGGACGGGAUUCGAAGUUCUCUCCUACGUCAGCGAUCGAAGAUUAGAGACGCCGCCGCGUCUCCCAAGGAAUGUAAAAUAAGGUGGGCCGGACACGUGAUGCGCUUUAAUGACAACCGUUGGACCAAAGCCAUGAGCGACUGGGUUCCCUGCGAUAUUAAGCGCGCUACAGGAAGACCGCCGACCCGAUGGUCAGAUUUCUUCACGAAGUCCUUCAAGGAAAAAUAUGAUGCUCUUCGUGUCCCACGCGAAAGGAGGAACCACUGGGCUACUCUGGCACACGAUCGGGACAAAUGGAAGAAUUACUGGUGCCCGCUCGACCAGUUCGAAGAUCAACGGGAGUCAAGGAUGUCGAACAACAUAUUGAUGCGAAGAAAUCGAUAUGACGAGUCUCUUCACUCUCGGGUGAUGAAUGAGUGGGUGCGUAUUAUAAACUUACCACUUAAUAUGAAGAAGGAUUUUAAUCACCUGCUAGAUGAUAUACUAGAAAUUCUAAGGUUCGAUAAACAGGAGGGCGAUCCUUAUCCUCUUUCAUGGCCACGUCCGGCCGGGAUUGGCCGCGAAAGAUUUGCAAUAGUAGCGAAAAUGUCCCAUACAUUUUUGGAUUUGGUUUUCUAA